GAUUGGUGCAAGUUUUUUGACAAUGGCAUGGUCUUUUAGUAAAUAUGCCAAACGUUUUGCUGUUAUUGGGAUAACUAUUUGUAUAUUGGAUUACAUUGGGACUUUCAAACAUUAUCACGAGUUAGAAUAUGAGCGAUAUUUUGAUUAUCCAACUGGUCUACCCAGUGAUUAUAAUUACACAUAUAUCCAUAAUCCUUCAGAAAAAUGCAGAAUACCACCCAAAUUAUUGAUAAUUGUAAAGUCUGCUGCUGAAAAUGUUUAUCGUCGUAAUAUUAUUCGUCGCACUUGGGGUUAUGAACACCGUUUCUCUGAUGUGGAAAUAAGAUGUGUGUUUUUACUUGGAGUUAGUAAAAAUGAAAAAACGAAUAUUAUUUCAAAAAAUGAGUCUUCGAAAUUUAAKGAUAUUAUUCAGAUUGAUUUCAUUGAUGCUUAUUUUAACAAUACCAUAAAAACAUAUAUGGGGAUGAAAUGGUCUCUUAGCUAUUGCAAUAGUGAGUUUUUUUUCUUUGUGGAUGAUGACUAUUAUGUGUCAACARAAAAUUUGUUAAAAUACGUUUCCAAUCCUGGCUUAUAUCCGAAAGCUGUUCCGAACAGAUAUAUCACAAUAAAUGAGAAAAAUGAGUUAUUUUCUGGUUUUGUAAUGCAAACACCACCUCAUAGACAUAGAUUCAGUAAGUGGUAUGUAUCUCUAAAGGAAUAUCCGUUUGAUUUAUGGCCUCCCUAUAUAACUGCAGGUAUAGCAGCACUAAAGGCUAAUUUAACUCUUAAACACUGUGAAAUGUUUUGUUUCAAUAAGCCAAAAUACGAAGGACCUGCAAGUUUCCAAUACAUUAUUGCAUCACAUGGAUUUGAAAAUAGCAAGGAAUUGGAAAUCAUUUGGAACGAAUGUCGAUCAGCUGGUUUUGCAUAAUCCAUAUGCAAACCUUAAACAUAAAUAUGUUGCAAUAGUGUUUUUAUCUGUAUAUAAUGAAAUAGUUAUUUUUAUAUCGAGAUCGAGAUUUGCAAAUAAAAAUAUUAAUAAUUACCACACAAUGGCUUUAAUA